CUAAGCAAUCUAUAACAACUCACGUCAUCGUUUUCUACCCCCGCACCUCUAUUAUUGAUUCCCUUCUUCAGUUCUCCUCAGACUACUUCUCUCUUCAAGACUUCAAGCAUUUGAUCAGCUCACACCAACUAUGGCAGCUUAUGCUGCACUUGCUUCCCUUGCUCAAAUUACAGAUCUGAAUAGAAUUCAAAACAAAUUUCUCUUUUCUAUCGACGCAAAACAAAAAGUCAGAUCUAUCCAUGAGUAUGUCACUUCCUUGCUAUCGUUCCUUGAAGAUUGUCCCCAGAAAGACUCCCAACGGGAUGGCAAGAUGAGAGAUGUAGCUUAUAAAACAGAAGAUAUCAUUGAAUCUCUCAUGUAUCUGCCGAUAGGAAAUCGUCAUUCGACAGAUGUAUUGGAGGAGCAGCUGAGAUGUGUGACAGAGGAGUUUGGUUUAAUGGCUGGACAAGUCAUGGAAGAUCGACCUGCUGCUGCUUCAUCAUCUUCAUCAUCGUCAUCAAGACUUGCACCUUUUGGCAACGAUCCAGUGAUUGGUUUGGAAGACGAUUUGAUAGCAAUGAAGUAUCGGUUAUGUUCUCAGCCAUCUGAUCUUCAGAUUAUCCCCAUUGUGGGUAUGGGGGGAAUUGGUAAGACCACUCUCGCUCGAACUCUUUACAAUGAUCGUUCAAUUGUGGAACAUUUUGAUGUUCGUGCUUGGCUCACGGUUUCGCAAGAUUAUAGUCCUCAUAGGUCUGUGAAAAUGCUCUUCGAUUCAUUGAAUUUGUCUAGAGAGAUUGAUGAAUCUGAAAACCUCAGUCUAUAUAUAUAUCAACACUUGAAGUGGAGGAGGUAUCUCAUUGUACUGGAUGAUGUUUGGGAAACAAGGGUUUGGGAUGAUUUAAGGAAUAUAUUCCCAGCUAGUGAUUGUAAUGGCAGUCGAAUCAUGUUAACUGCUAGGGAAUUGGAUAUGGCUCCCAAUAGCCCUCCUCAUAAGAUGCGGCCAAUGGAUGAUUAUCAAAGUUGGGAGUUGAUUAAGCAAAAGGUGUUCCCAAACAGCGAUUGCCCUCCUAACUUAGAAGAUGUAGGGAAAAAGAUUGCUCAAAGUUGUACAGGACUACCCCUUGCUGUUGUUCUGGUUGCUGGAUUGUUGUCUUCAGUCAAUGUGACUCCAUCUUCUUGGGAGGAAAUUGCUGAAAAUGUAAGACAAGUUGUUUGUCGGGGUUCAGAGGAUGUACUCUCUUUGAGUUACACACACUUGCCUCAUCAUUUAAGGCCGUGUUUUCUCAUUCUUGGAGGUUUUCCAGAAGAUAGGAGUAUCGUUGCUUCAAGACUCAUUAAAUUAUGGGUAGCUGAGGGCUUCUUGAAACAUGAAGAUGGGUGUUGUAAAAGUUUGGAGGAGAAGGCAGAGGAGUAUUUGGAGGAUCUUAUCAAGAGAAAUCUUGUAGAUGUGACUAGCAAGAAGAGUGAUGGGAAAAUCAAGAGGUGCAGCCUACAUGAUAUGAUAGAGACAUGUGCAUAAGGAUAGCCCACGAAGAGAAGUUUCUUCUAACUGUUGAUCGGAAUUUUCUUCCACAAGGCUUGAUGAAAGAGCGACGCAUCAGCUUCAGGCAGUCUGAUACAGAUCAAAAUUGGGGUCAAACGAUCCGUACCAUUUUAUGCUUCCGACCCAAGGUUGUAAUUUAUACUAGCCUAGUUUUUUUGGGAAGCUUUAAAUUGCUUAGGGUAUUGGAAGCAUUUGACAUAACCCUCUGGGAACCCCAUACCGAAAUUUUUGAGUUGUAUCAUUUAAGAUAUCUUGCUCUGAAGCAAUACAUGGGCGAUAUUCCAUCAGCCAUAUCUAAUCUUGUGAAUCUUCAAACAUUGAUCAUUUCUAAACAAUACAGUUCAGGAUUCAAAACCCGUGACCAUUUUCGGUUGCCAAUUGAAAUUUGGGAAAUGUUACAACUGAGGCAUGUUUUCUUGGGUGAUAGUCAUAUAAUGCCUCAUCCCCCAAACUUUUUAGUAUCAAAUCUUCCUCUAGAAAAUCUCCAAACGCUAUUUCCCUUGGAAGAUCUUGUAUGGUAUGAAAAGCUCCUGCAGAUUAUUCCAAUUGUCAAAAAACUGGGACUUGUUUAUUUCACCGAUCAGGAUUAUCGCCUACAUCAUCUUAAGUUUCUGCAUCAGCUUGAAAAGUUGCACAUAUAUGGACAUUCUGGAUUUUCUUGGCGGAGACAAAAUCCUUGUUUUCCUCAUAAACUGAAGAAGUUGACCCUACUGGGUGGGGGAUAUCCUUGGAAAUAUAUGUCCGUUAUUGGUUCGUUGCCUAAUCUUAAGGUGCUCAAACUACUUGGAAACGCUUGCUGUGGUGACACAUGGAAAACUACUGAUGAAGAAUUUCCUCAACUGAUUUAUUUGCUAAUUGAGGAAUCAAGUCUGCUUCACUGGUUAACUGAGAGCAGCCCCUUCCCAAUGCUCAAGUUCCUCGUGCUUCGUUCUUGCGAGGGUCGGCUGAAGAUUCCAGAAGCUAUUGGGGAAAUCGCAACACUUGAACUCAUUCAAGUGCAUGACUGCAGUUCGUCUAUUUUGGAGUCGGCCAAGCAAAUAAAAAAGGAUCAAGAGAAUUGCGGAAAUGAUACUCUUCAAGUUCGUUGUAACAUAACGAGGAGUAAAGGCAAGAUGGCUGCAAGUAACACUUGAGGAGAAAUGUAAAAUAGAGAUAAUUUCAGGACGCGAAUAGAGUGCUAAGAUAUUGAACAACCUCUAAACCCACUAUGGCCUUGCCAAUUACAAUUCAAGUGAAACACAUGCUAAAGACCAUCCCCACCACUACCUAUAAAUAGUCACGUUUACAUCUUCCACCACAGCCACGUCAUCCUCGCCUUUCGCAUUCCAGCCCACCACACCGCGAUGGCCUCGUUUGUAAACUUUCCAUGCCCCAUAGCUAUCAUAAUUCUUCCUUUUCCUUUUUUCUAGCAUUCUAUGCGUCAGUUGACGAAACAACAAGUAGCUGAAGAGAUGGAAAGGAUAAUUCCACGCUCUAAUGCGGCUAAGGAAACUGACGAAACGCCGGAUGUAGUCAGAGACGAAAAUGAGGGUGUGUAUUGUAUGCCGUAGGUAGGCAAAUUUCUUGCGAAUCUUUUUCGGAGGAAUUGAGGAAGUGGCUAUUCUUAUGAGAUAGGCAUGUAUGGUUUUUUUUUAAUGCAAGGAACUCUUGUUUUUGUAUUUAGUACUAGUACUAUUUAUCCUGGCUUCGACGUUUAUUAAAGAGUGGAUGUCUUAUUUGUGACA